AUGGAGCCGAUAGAUAUCUCCGACAAGGCGUCACCGCCUGUAAAUGGCAAUCCUCCUCACCAGAAAUCACCAUCUCCUCUUCCGCCCUCCCCUCGCGAACCGCUAUCUCAACUCUUACCCGUCACAUCUUCGCCUUCUCCCCGUCAUCCGCCGCCGCCGCCGCUGCCGCUCACCUUAUCCCCUGCUCCCAUUGACAUACCGAAAAAGUCCCCUCGAAUACACCAAGAUCGCACAAUAUCCACAGACUACCGAUCGACUACCCGGAUUCUGCGACGAAACGCGAGCCAUGGUAGUUUGCCUGUCGACAGGCUAGCCCAGAAGCUUGGCAAGCAAUCAUUACGGACUUCGGAACAAACACAUCCUCUUCCUAACCGCGUCUCCUCCGUCAACGUACCAAGUUCUAGCUCACCGCAUAAUAAUAUUCUCUUCGUCGACGCUCUUCCGGAAAUAGACACCGUCACAGUCGGUGCCACUCGGCAAAGCCCACUACCUAGGCUACGACAAGACGAUGUCGAAAUGCAUGAUGUCGGCUUAUUACAUCGUCUUCCAUCACCAGCCAUUCGAGACCCGCCACCCACAUCUUCUCCUUAUUGUCCGUCAAACCUUGCCUCCCGCCGUGGAUCGUACAUUCAAACACAGCUGGAAGCUGAGGGGCUUGCCGAUCUAAGUCCGUCUCCGAGCGUGUACAACCCUCGGGCUUCCUUGCCGGCUCCGCCUCCAGUUACACGGCAUACAUGCCCUAUUCUCGAGGCAGAUGAGGGCUACUGCGAGGGCGAGGAUGACUUUUCAUGGCUUGAAAGCCAGGCAGAAACUAUAGGGUUGCCCAACAGCCUGCGCAAGCGCGGCAUUCUUCGAUAUCAGUCAUCACAAGAUGCUGCACUACGAAGUGCUAAUCUGGUCCGUAACCAGACACGCAUGCGCAAACGCCGCCUCAAGCGCCGCGAAUCCAGAAGCUACGCUGGAAGUUAUGCAGGCAGCUACGCAGAAAGCUACGCGGAUAGUCUGAUAGGAAGUUUGGCCGGAAGCAUAAGCGGCAGCAUCCACGGCAGUAUUCACGGCUCAAAUGCUCCAAACUCGCCAGUUGCUGGCGCCUCAUCUCCGCCUCCGAUACCUUCAGCAAUGGUUUCGCCCAUAUAA